AUGGCUUAUAAUUAUAACUUUAAUAAUAAUGUACCAGGAAGAGCUUACACAUACCCUGUUAACAAUGUACCGGAUCACUCUUAUACAUUCCAUGGUAACUACCCCCAGUACCCACCAUUGCCACUCCCUCCAGCUCCACCCAUUAUACCAUAUUCAUCUGCAUCUGUUUUGUCGGAUCAAGAAAUAUUGAAGAAAUUUGAGUGUGACAUAAAAAUGGAUGUAGUUAAAUUCAAGUUAAAUAAUAUCACAAUAAGAGAAAUCAAAAUGAAAUUACUGAAUUUAAUAAAAGUAUUUAAUGAGACUAGAGAUAAUUUGAAAAAUUUAACAGAAAAUGUAGACAAUCUUUCUGAUAGUGAAUGGAAAUUGAAAAUGGAAGACAUUUGUAACAAGAAAGAUGUAAUUGGUAAGCAAGUAAAUGAUCUAGGUGGGUCAUAUAUAGAGCUGGUUAAAAAGUAUGUAGCAAAGAGAGCAUCUAAACGGUUACGUCUGAAGCGACAGAGAGAAUGGAGAGCAAGGCUUAAGAUAGAAAUGAAAAAGCAGAAAGAGGAACAUUCCAGAAAGAUAGAUGAAUAUUUGCAAAACAUUAAAGAUGAAAAUAAUAGGAUUAAACAGCAAGAGAAAGCCAAAUUAAAUGCCGAUAUUGUCCUCAAAGACGUGCAGAAGAAAAAACUUGACGCAAAGAAAUUAGUUAGUAAACUUGAUGCCUUGUUGAAGUUGCGGAGGGCUAGACAGAAUACUGCCAAGGGCAGGGGUCAACCUAUCUCUGACAAUGAGACCUCUGUGUUCCAGAUGAAUAUUGAAAAGCUUCGACUAUUAUGGAUACAAAGAUUACAAAUCUAUGAUAAAGAAGAAAAUGAUUUACGAACACAAUUAUCGGAGAGUGAGAAGCCACUCAUAAACAAAGCAGAUAAAGAUAUAGAAGAGGCUUUGGCUCAAUGGAAGCAAGUGCUAUUUGGGAGUGGAUUCCCUCAGUUUGAUUUUUCUGGUGACAUUGGGAAAUUCAUUGGUGUUAGACUUAGUUUACCUCGCUUCGCUCAAAUAUACGACGCAGCGAAGCGGUACGAGCGACUGCGGCAUCCUAGUUAAGGCGAAGAGUGAGCAGAAAACACGCAAACAUGGUGUUUUUAGACAAGUUUUGUGGUGAAAGUAUAGCAUUUCGAGCUAUGGACACUACUUAAUCCUGUUACACAUAUCCUUAAGUCUUAUUUGUAGGUUGCUAAUGCUUGCUGUUGGUUAUAGUUAACACUGCCGAGCCUUUUUGAACUACCACUUUUCUUUGAAGUUAAACAAGAUUUUUGGCAUGGCGUGACGCAUUUUUUUGGUACUUCUCUCAGAAAAGUUAUUCUUAUAGCUUAUACUUUUUUGUAUAGGUUCAUUUAUUCAGAUUAGUAGUGAAAAACGAGGAUUGUAAGCAUAUAAACUGUUUUCCACGCAAGAAUUUUGAAAAUAUUGACUUUGUUACAUAGAUGGCGGCCGGCAGCCGUGAACUCAUAUCGCUCAAGGUCGCUGGCAUUUAGUGUCGCCUUAAGCCAAAACAUAUUAAGAGACAAAAGACGAGUCGGGAAUGGUUAAUUUAUAAAA